AUGGUUUCUGAUGAACAUUACGACCUGUGCCUGCCCGUCCUGCGGGACUCGACUUUGGAAGAUGAGGAUAAAACCGACAAGCUGGAGGAACUUUUGAGGAAGGAAACCAACCUGGUCGGAUCGUCUCUCGACAAUGCAAUACUGGAUGCUUUGUGGAGAUUUCGGGACGGAGGAGGCUCGUCUGCCUCGCCUCCUCCCAUCCGAUCGUCCAUUCUACGGCGGCCCUCUCCUGCUUCCUGGCGAGCAUCUCCCACCCCCCUCUCGGCAUCCCCAAGACUUGCGGUUAGCCCCCUCGCGCCUCCAGGCUUCAUCCCGUCCACUUUCGGCAGAGCCAAAUCCUCUACCGCUUCGCCAUUCUCCUCGCCCCGAGCAUCUCCCCGUCUCGCUCUUGCGACGCCUGUAAUCCCACACAGCCCGAACCUGAACGCGUACGAAUUCGCCAGCGACCCCACUCCCGCACCCGAAAUCCUGGGAGAUUAUCAGUCAGAGAAUGUUGAAUGGCUGCUUAAUGACGACGCGGUCAGCAUUGCGUCGUCCAUGGGCAGCUCGAGCGUCUUGAAUGCUGCUGCGCCGGAAUUCUCGUCCCUGUCCUCGCAACAGACGGACAUGUCUCCUUACGACAUGCUGCGAUCGAUACUGGGUCCCGCGAGGACAGACGAGGAAAUCGAGUCGGCUUUGGCUACUCAUGGCUACAACCUCAGUGCCACGGUUGCGUCCAUCAUGGAAGGUCAAAGUCAAGAUGAGGGGGCUCCUCUCAGCAGCUCGGACGAACCCAAGACCGUCUUGAUCGGCAAGUCGAUAUCCCUGGACGGACGACCAGCCACCCCCAGCAAUCAAUCCAAGGCUGGUGUGAUAUGCAAGUUUUACAUGUCGACGGGUCAGUGCUUGCGGGCCGACUGCCGAUUCAGUCACGACUUGAGCAAUCAUCUUUGCAAAUACUGGAUCAUGGGUAGCUGCCUCGCGGGCGAUACGUGCGUAUUCUCUCAUGAUCCUUCAAAGUUUGUAAAUAAGCUGUGCCUGGAUGAUUCCGCUAGCGUAGGCGAAGAGCAAGGGACCUUUCAAGUUCAAGACCCAAGUUCAUUCCCCGCGUUGCAACCAGGAAGCUCGGAUGCAGGAGGCAACGCAGGAGGCAACGCAGGAGGCAACGCAGGAGUCAAUGCUGGGGUCAACGCUGGAGUCAACGCUGGAGGCGGCGGCGGCGCAAGCCUCCUAUUUGCUGGCCUGAAUCCGCCUCACGGGCCAAGAGUCUUGCAGGGCACCGAAAGUCCCAGGUUGCGCUCCCGGCCUGGUAGUCGGCACCAGAGCAAGGACAUCAGUGCUAAUGCGCCGGCCAUUGACGACAACGAGGCCUUUCCGUCUCUCGGGUCUGCUUCCAGCAAACCAGGCAAGAAACAUCACGGCAAGCGCGGUGGGCAUGGCCACAAAGAAAACGUCGCAAACUCCUUGGCCGACAUUGUCAAGAUGGCGCCGACGCCUCCUCCGGGAUCGCCGAGGUCCGAGUCGAGGAAGACGGCGAAUGGGAACCCUGGCAGCAACAAGACGGGCGAGAACAGCGCGGCAGCUCAGGCAAUCCCGAGUCCAAAGCACAUUCCCUGGCUGGAGACGGGCAAUAGGGCGAACAAGGCCUAUCUCAAGGCUCGUCAAGAAGCCAUCAAACACGGCGGUUUACGCAACAAGUUUCUGCAGAGUGCGGCUCAAGCUUGGAAUAGGAACGACGCCAGAGCGGCCAAGGCGCUCAGUCUGCGCGGACAAAGCGAAAACGACUUGAUGCGAAAAGCACAUAGAGAGGCAGCGCGUGAACUGUACGAAGAUCGGAACAAGAGCACGGGCAACUCGGCCGAGAUCUACGUCGAUCUUCACGGGCUCCACCCGGAGGAAGCGGUGGAGUACCUGGAAAAGGUGCUCAUGGACAACAGCAAGGAGUGGCGACCGGUCUACGCCAUCACCGGAACGGGGCACCACAGCAAAAACGGCAAGGACAAGGUGGGCAGGGCCAUCCGCAACUUCCUCGGCGAGUGGCGGUACGCAUACCGCGAGUUCUCGGUACCCGGGGAUCGCAACAACAUGGGAGGGAUUCUCGGGAUCGAUGCUCGAAGCUGGGACAAGUCGCUGGCGAGGAAGGAAGCUGCAGAGGACAAGGGGGAGGUUGACAUACUGAGCCAAGGGGUUGAGAUUGGGGAUGGGAAAGUGAGGCUGCUGGUAAGGGAUCCGCCAAAGGGCCCGAGUGGUCGUCGGUGGUGA